GUUACCUAAGCACACAGACACACAACCUUAUAAGGACAUUUGUUAACAGUUUCCACAUUAUAUGCUGCAAAAUAAAAAUCACCAAAAAGUGUAAUAACCAAGAUGCAUUCGACCAAGAUUAAAGAGGGCGAUGACAGGGAGGAAAUGGAGCUCAACCAAAUCUGGCGAGGAUGUCGUAAAAUCCAGGGAGCCAUUUUCCGUUAUAACUUCGACAUCUGUGCCGACUUAAAGCAGCACGAUCCCAGCUGCAGCGGCUUCGUGUCCGAACCCAUUUUCACGGCCGUAUUGGGCAAGUAUCGCAAGGUGGCCGGAAUGUCAGAGUCCGAGCUCCGGGACGUCACCGACUAUUUCCAAAUUCGGGAUGGACGGGUUGCAUAUCGACAGUUUUGUAAGGUUGUCUGCAGCGAAACACUGCACAAAACCGCUAAAUCAGAUCUGGCCUCGGGAUUGGAGUGGAACGAUCCUUGGCAUGUGAAUGUUAUUCCCCAGCCGGAGGAUCGUCGCCGACUAUGUCUAAUCCUAGUCAAGAUUGCCCAACUAUCUCACAUUCCACUCAUGCCCUAUUUUCAGGACUAUGAACUGAUUGCCCAAAAUGUGGGAGUCGUUACCGUUGCACACUUUUCCCGCGUGCUGCACUUCAUGAAGAUUCCUUUGUCCGAGACGGACUUCCUCCUUCUACUGAGACGCUAUAUGAAGGACGGAUACCUGGUCAACUAUGUGGCUUUCCUCAAGCAUAUUGAUAAUAUUAUAGCGUACCUGGGCGAGCAUCUUCUGCUGGAUAACUCUCAUGAUAUAAUAAAGGAUUUUCCGGGCCGCCUGGUGGAACUAGAGCUAUCGCAACUGCCGGCAAUCGAUGGUUGCAAGGUGGUGCACCCAAUCUUCCCGGAUGCGUGCAACAUGCCAAAGAAGAAUCGCAACCAGUGUGACAUUUUGUUUUGCAUACAGAACUACAUCUACAAGAACCAAGUGCGCACCACCGAGUUCCUAGAGAGCUUUGACUCCCUGAACGUUGGCAGCAUCACCAAGAAUCAGUUCGAACGUGGUCUGUCCAACAUGGGAGUGGGCAAGUAUCUGACCCAAAGGGAAAUGUCCAUCCUGCUGGAACGCUACACGGAUCCCGUGGACACCAAUCGGGUGCGGUGGCGCAAUUUCGCCGACGAAAUCGAUACAGUUUUUACUAUCAAGAACCUGGAGAAGAUGCCGCAGUGUGUUGUGGAAUCGCCACUUCGCCACAUCCAGGAGUUGCCCAGACCAGGUGCCGCGUCCUGGGAGAAUGUGCCAUUGAACAUCCGUGACCUGUGCGAAGAUGCCAUUGCCAAGAUACGUAUUCGCAUCCGCAAUCGUAGACUCUACUUGCAUCCGUUCUUCCGGAGCUACGACAAACUUAACAGCGGACAUGUGCGCUGCAAUAUAACCAAGCAGAUCUUUCGCACCAAUGGCAUCCUUCUAUCCGAUCCUGAGCAGGAUUCUGUGCUGAGUCGGUACGGCAACGAGCUGGGCUUCUGCUACACCAAGUUCCUGGACGACGUCGAUCCGGCCGAGUAUGCCAUGCCCACGAUGGUCACCAAGCAGGAACUGGUCGAGUGUCCGCCGUUCGCGCGGGACAACCUAGAUCCGGAGGACGUCAGCGAGGAGGUAAUUGUGCGAAUCCUCACUAACGCCAAGCGACAGGCUGUGGUCAAGAGCGUGUCCGUCAUGGAGUUCAUGAAGGACUACGAUCGCCAUCGUGAAGGCGAAAUCCUUGAGUCGGACUUCAAACGCGCCCUGGACAACUCUAGUGUAAUCAUUAAGGAGGAGGAGGCCACAAUUUUGUGCAACAUUUUCCGUUCCCCCACCCGCGUCGCCUGCGUUCGCUAUCGUGACUUCUGCAAGGCCCUCGACGAGAUCUUCAUCCAACUGGAUACGAACAUGGGCGACCAGGUGGUGACUGCGGUGCCACUGCUCCACCUGCCCAAUCUGGACUGCGUCGACUGCUUCCUGAGCUUCGACGAGCGAACCAUCUGCUCGCAGGCCCUGAUGAAACUGGCCCGCAAGCCGGACGAGAUUUCCAAUCUGAGCCAGGUGUUUAAGGACUUCGAUCGCGAACAGUGCGGCUCGAUUACACAGAACCAGUUCCUGCGCGGCAUCACAGUGCGCGACAUGCAUGUGAUGCUCAGCAGUCGCGAGUUCCAGGCCAUUUGCAAGUGCUUCGGCGUUAAGAAGGGCAUGUGCAUGGAGUUCAACUACCGUGAGUUCCUGAAAAUCCUCGACGUUCUUUUUACCACCGGCCAGAUGAAGCGCAACUAUUAGGGACCUGAAAAUGUCCCCCUCUCAAAAUUUUAAGUGUUCCUGUUUUGUCUCCGAAAAUUUUAGCAUGAUACUAGGCAAAUAAACAACAAUUUAUGGACUUUUA